AUGGCGGAGUUUGUUCGUGCCCAGAUCUUCGGUACUACCUUUGAGAUCACCAGCCGCUACACUGAUCUUCAGCCUGUCGGAAUGGGUGCCUUCGGUCUCGUCUGCUCCGCUAAGGACCAGCUUACCGGUCAGUCCGUGGCGGUCAAGAAGAUCAUGAAGCCUUUCAGCACUCCGGUACUGUCCAAGCGAACGUAUCGUGAAUUGAAGCUGCUCAAGCAUUUGCGCCACGAGAAUAUCAUUAGCUUGAGUGAUAUCUUCAUCUCGCCGUUGGAGGACAUUUACUUCGUCACCGAGCUUCUCGGCACCGAUCUGCAUCGCCUGCUCACUUCUCGACCCCUCGAAAAGCAGUUCAUCCAAUACUUCCUGUACCAGAUUCUGCGCGGAUUGAAAUACGUCCACUCGGCGGGUGUCGUUCACCGUGAUCUCAAACCUAGUAACAUUCUGGUCAACGAGAACUGCGACCUCAAGAUUUGCGAUUUCGGACUGGCCAGAAUUCAAGACCCCCAGAUGACUGGAUACGUUUCUACGAGAUAUUACCGCGCCCCUGAGAUUAUGCUCACCUGGCAGAAGUACGACGUGGAGGUUGAUAUCUGGAGCGCGGGAUGCAUCUUUGCCGAGAUGCUCGAGGGCAAGCCGUUGUUCCCUGGCAAGGACCAUGUGAACCAGUUCUCCAUCAUCACGGAGCUCCUGGGAACUCCCCCCAAUGACGUCAUCCAGACAAUCUGCAGCGAGAACACUCUACGGUUCGUGCAGUCUCUACCCAAGAGGCAGAGACAGCCUCUCGCCGGAAGGUUCAGGAAUGCUGAUCCCCUUGCCAUUGAUCUACUCGAGAGGAUGUUGGUCUUUGACCCCAAGAAGCGUAUCUCGGCGGAGAUCGGUCUCGAACACGAGUACUUGGCGCCGUACCACGACCCCACGGACGAGCCGGCGGCUGAGGAAAAGUUCGAUUGGUCGUUUAACGACGCUGACCUGCCAGUCGAUACCUGGAAGAUCAUGAUGUACUCAGAGAUUCUUGACUACCAUAAUGUCGACAACCAGCAGGUAUAG